CUCAGAACGUCAACGUUUCAAGGCAGCCUAGCAUCUUCGCGAACACGAGCUGCAGUUUUCAGAGGCUUCACAAAGCGAAAUUUGCUUUGUGCUUCUUGUUGGCGCUCUACUCCCCGCCACGAGAGAUUCAGAAACUUAGACCCUUCCCAUCUGCUGGCUUUGUUCCCUGGGGCCUCGACUUCUUGGCAUCUCCUUGGCAGCCAGGGGAAAGGAGAGGAUGGAAACCAACACCUGUUUCUCAGCUGCCUUGGCUGGAAGUGACACACCUCACGCCUCAUACCCCUUUGGCAGACUUGUGCUAUAUGGAGGAGGAAAGGAGCGCAGGAAUUGUCCCUUGCUGGGCAAUGGCUUCCGAGUGUCAUCCUUAUCAUACAGAAGGGAUUUGGGUGAAAAAACCUCUGCUACAAUUACCCACAUCUUGCUUUAUUUUGAAGCCAUGAGGAAGGUCACUACAGUGUAGGUGAGUUGAGCAUACUUUGUUCCAGAGAAGGUCCAGGAGGCCCUGGUGUAUGAUUUGUAAGACUCCAGGGCCUUCAAGCUGUGAUCCAUCAGACAGUUCCUGAGAUGCCUGGGAGGGCACCCCUUGCGCCUGCCAGCUGAGGAGUGUGUCCAUGCACAUUUAAAGCCACCUCCUUAGACAGACACAUCGACACAGAAGACGGGCUCCUUCUUGCGCACAUUGGAAGAGCUUUACAACUGAUGAAAAUUAAUUUAAGAAUCAGAUGGAGCAGCACGGCACCUCCGGGCUCAGGUGCCCGGGGAGAGAAUUGCGGCAAUAAUCACCAGCUCCCCAUAUGGGCGUCACGGGUGAAGAAAGUUUGUAAAAAGAAGAGAAAAAAAAACUUGCACAGACCAAGCCUCAAAAAUACCUCUCCAUUUUAAAGCGAGGAACUCAGUGAGAACGUGACGGGGAGGAGCGUGGCUUCCAGCUCCGCAGCGGGGAGUAGGCAGUGAUUUUGCACUUUAUUUUUCAGUGGGUCUGGUGAUUUGGACAGAUUUUAAAAUUCUGGACUUAAAAGUCACUCUUGCCAUCGGGGUUCUGACUGGAGGAAAGCGAGUUCAGGUGUGCUGGGGCACAUUUGGGUGAAAAACUGAUUCCUUUGCCAUUUUUUAGUUAACUGUGUUUGAGAAGUUUUAAUCUGUCUCCCUUCUCCUUUCCCACAUCUCUAGGAUAAUCUCUUGAGGCAGUAAAUCAGACCGAUAGUUAUAAAGUAGACAGCAAAGAGACCUGGGCAAAGCUGCUUGGCCUUGGCCUGUCCAUGGGGCGUUUGGAAAGAGUCCCCGAGGGUGGGCAGGAGCAGGGCUGCCGCCUGGGCGGGGCCCACAGACUCUGUGGGGAGUAGUCGGGGCAGGGCCUGCUCUUGCCUGUGCUCUCGUUUUAAUGGAUUCUCUUCCCGGUUGAGUCCAAAAAGAUUUGCCCAUAAGAGGACUUGAUGGACUUAAUUCUGACGUUACCAUUUUCCCUGCAAGAUGGAAACGUCUGAUCCUUAGGAGCAGGAAAGGGAGAGCGUCUAGGGGAGGGAGGAAGGGACUGGAGGGGCCUGGGGCUCGGGGCGGCAGGAGGACCAGGGCGUCCUGGAGUCAGCACUUGGCUGCUCAGAACGCUCUUGCUCUGUGUGGUAAAGGGCUCUCCCGCCCCAUGGCACUGAGGGGCGCUCGGGGCUGUGGAGGGGCAGUCGGGUGAGGCCCUGCGCUCUCUGGGGACACAGCCACCGGUGGGCAGAGCAGGCUGGGCUCUGAGGCGGGAAGUUUCUGGUUCUGAACAGUAGGGAAAGUUGUUUUUUUUCCUUCCUAAAAUUUGAUUGCUGUCUGCACAAACUCUGGCCUGUUCUGCACGAUUUGUGUGCCUUUCUUCCCUUAUGCAAUCUUUUUCAGCUUUGGCAGCAGAAAUUUGUCUAGUUGAGAACACCUGCCAGAGGGUGGCCUCGGAAGGAAGAUGCCCCGUGUGCUCUGUCUCUGCAUCUGAACUCGUGAAUUCCAGCUCGAGGGAUUCUUAAAGCCUUAAGUUACUUGAAAUCUAUGUAUUUGCAGCCCUCUGUCUCUGGAACCCCAUUCAUUCUAAACUGGAAUCUCAGGCUGAAUGAGAAUAACCCAAGUCGAGAAAAAAAGAGGAGAACUCAGUCUUUCCGUCGCCACUUAUCUCCAAAGGGUCAGCCCUCUCUUCCUCUAAGGACUUGAAACUGAAAAUGGACCCCACUUUUUUUUAAGCAUUGCCUUUUCUUAGCAGACUGCCAUCAUCUUUUAUAGAGGAAUUUUUUCACUAUGCACUUGGUGGAUCUUUAUAAAACACUGACCUUCUAAUUAGCUUCAGGUCAGUCCUAAUUAAAGGCGGUCAGGGAAAGCAGCGCCAGCAAACCACAGAAAUCAAGCCCGUUGCCCAAUGAAAGGAAUAGGUUUAGGGUUUUCGGCAUUUGGCGUUGCUGCUUAGGUGGACGAGCCUGGUGGCGAGCAGCAUGUACGCGGCGGUGGAGCCGGGACCUGUGCUCUGCAGCGACUCCAACAUCCUGUGCCUGUCCUGGAAGGGGCGUGUCCCCAAGAGCGAGAAGGAGAAGCCGGUGUGCCGGCGGCGCUACUACGAGGAGGGCUGGCUGGCCACGGGCAACGGCCGGGGUGUCGUGGGCGUGACGUUCACCUCCAGCCACUGCCGCCGGGACCGCAGCACCCCGCAGAGGAUCAACUUCAACCUGCGGGGCCACAACAGCGAGGUGGUGCUGGUGAGGUGGAACGAGCCAUACCAGAAGCUGGCCACGUGCGACGCAGACGGCGGCAUCUUCGUGUGGAUCCAGUACGAAGGGAGGUGGUCGGUGGAGCUGGUCAAUGACCGUGGUGCCCAGGUGAGUGAUUUCACGUGGAGCCACGAUGGGACCCAAGCGCUUAUUUCCUACCGAGAUGGGUUUGUCCUGGUCGGUUCUGUUAGUGGACAGAGACACUGGUCAUCCGAGAUCAACUUGGAGAGUCAAAUCACGUGUGGCAUCUGGACUCCCGAUGACCAACAGGUGCUGUUUGGCACGGCCGACGGGCAGGUGAUCGUCAUGGACUGCCACGGCCGGAUGCUGGCCCACGUGCUCUUGCACGAGUCCGCAGGCAUCCUCGGCAUGUCCUGGAACUACCCCGCCUUCCUGGUGGAGGACAGCAGCGAAAGCGACACUGACUCCGACGACUACUCACCCCCGCAAGAUGGUCCAGCUGCGUAUCCCAUCCCGGUGCAGAACAUUAAGCCCCUGCUCACCGUCAGCUUCACCUCAGGAGACAUCAGCUUGAUGAACAACUACGACGACUUGUCUCCCACCGUCAUCCGCUCAGGGCUGAAAGAGGUGGUGGCUCAGUGGUGCACACAGGGCGACCUCCUGGCUGUCGCUGGUGUCGAACGACAGAGCCAGCCUGGUGACCUUCCCAACGGCCCCCUGCUGAAAAGCGCCAUGGUCAAGUUCUACAAUGUUCGCGGGGAGCACAUCUUCACACUGGACACACUUGUGCAGCGCCCCGUCAUUGCCAUCUGCUGGGGCCACCGGGACUCUCGGCUGCUCAUGGCCUCGGGACCGGCCCUGUACGUGGUCCGCGUGGAGCACCGGGUGUCCAGCCUGCAGCUGCUGUGCCAGCAGGCCAUCGCCAGCGCCCUGCGAGAAGACAAGGACGUCAGCAAGCUGACCCUGCCCCCCCGCCUUUGCUCCUACCUCUCCACCGCGUUCAUCCCCACCAUCAAGCCCCCAAUUCCAGACCCAAACAAUAUGCGAGACUUUGUCAGCUACCCCUCGGCUGGCAACGAGCGUCUGCACUGCACCAUGAAGCGCACGGAGGACGACCCGGAGGUGGGCGGCCCCUGCUACACGCUCUACCUGGAGUACCUGGGCGGGCUGGUGCCCAUCCUCAAGGGGCGGCGCGUCAGCAAGCUGCGGCCCGAGUUCGUCAUCAUGGAUCCCCGGACAGAUAGCAAAUCAGAUGAGAUCUACGGGAACAGCUUGGUCUCUGCUGUGAUUGACAGCUGCGACUGCUCCGACUCCAGCGACAUUGAGCUGAGUGACGACUGGGCUGCCAAGAAGUCCCCCAAGAUCUCCCGAGCCAGCAAGUCACCCAAGCUCCCAAGGAUCAACAUCGAGGCUCGCAAGUCCCCCAAGUUGUCCCGGGCCGCCCAGGAGAUGUCCCGGUCUCCUCGGCUGCCCAUGCGUAAGCCGUCAGUCGGCUCGCCCAGCCUGACGCGGAGAGAGUUUCCCUUUGAAGACAUCACUCAGCACAACUAUCUUGCUCAGGUCACGUCUAAUAUCUGGGGAACCAAAUUUAAGAUUGUGGGCUUGGCUGCUUUCCUGCCAACCAACCUUGGUGCAGUAAUCUAUAAAACCAGCCUCCUGCAUCUCCAGCCGCGGCAGAUGACCGUCUACCUCCCAGAGGUUCGGAAGGUUUCCAUGGACUGCAUUAACUUACCUGUCUUCAACCCCAAUGUUUUCAGUGAGGAUGAAGACGAUUUGCCAGUGACCGGCGCGUCGGGCGUCCCUGAGAGCAACCCCCCCUGUACGGUGAACAUCCCCAUCGCCCCCAUCCACAGCUCGGCCCAGGCGAUGUCCCCCACGCAGAGCAUCGGGCUGGUGCAGUCCCUGCUGGCCAACCAGAACGUGCAGCUGGACGUCCUGACCAACCAGACCACGGCCGCGGGCGCCGCCGAGCUGGCGGGGGACGGCGCCGCCGCGUUCCCGGUCUCCAGCCGCUACGCCAGCCCGGGGCAGGUGAUCUUCGGCGGCGUGGAGCUGGGCCGCGUCGUCCCCGCCCCGGCGCCCCUGGCCCUGCCGCCCCCCGCCCCGGGGGCCGCGCAGCUGCCGGCGGGGGACCCCGGGGACCGCGAGCACGAGCCGCUGCAGAAGGCGGCCAAGGCCCUGCGCCCCGGGCCGCCGCCGCUGCCCGCCGAGGGGGACGCGGUGGGCUUCGGCGCCCCCGCGGAGGUCCCGGCGGCGAAGAUGAACCCCCCGCCGCCGUACCCGGGAACCAUCCCCGCCGCGCCCACCACGGCGGCCCCCCCGCCGCCGCUGCCGGCGCCGCCCCCGCUGGACGCCUGCGCCAAGAGGGGCGACUUCGCGCCGCACCCCGCGCACUACCAGCCGCCGCCCGGCUACGAGCGCAUCACCACCUUCGACAGCAGCGGCAACGUGGAGGAGGUGUGCCGGCCGCGCACGCGCGCGCUCUGCGCCCAGAGCCCCUACACGCUGCCCGCGCCCGGCGCCGCGCUGCGCCUCGCGCCCGCCGACAGGAAGGGGCCCGCGCCCGGCGCCAGCGCCACCCUGACCCGCCUGAGCGCGCCGCGCUACGCCCUCCCGCCGGGGGACCCGCCCCCGUACCCCGACCUGGCGAGCCGCGCGGCGCCGCGGCCGGACGGCCUGAUCCACGCCACGCUGCGCAGGAACAACCGCGAGGCGGCCCUGCGGGCGGCGCAGCUGCUGGAGCCCCCGCGCGCCCCGCCGCCGCCCCCGCACCCGCCGCCGCCCAAGCCCAAGGGCCCCGCGCCCUUCCCCGCGCCGCGCGCCGCGCCCGGCCUCUACACCUGCAGCCAGUGCAGCGCGGGCGCCGGCAGGCCCGAGCCCGGCGGGGGCGCCGCCGCGCUGCCCCCCGCGAGCCCCUACGGCCUGGACGGCGCCCGCGACCGCGACCGCGCCGACUACGUGAACUCGGCCUUCACGGAGGACGAGGCGCUGGCCCCGCUCGGCCCCGCCGACAAGCCCCUGCGCCACCCCGCGCUGCCCGAGGCGGCGGGGACCCUGAAGCGGCCGCCCCCGUACCAGUGGGACCCCGGGCUGGGGGAGGACAUCUGGGUCCCUCAGGACAGGACAGCGCCGGCCGGGGGGCCCCAGCCCCUGAAGCUGCCCCCGCUGGGCGUGGGCCCGGGCCAGCACCUGGACGUGGCCCGCGGGCCCUUCGUCUCCCCCAAGUCUCCCGCCAGCCCCACUGCCACUUUCCAGCCCGGCUAUGGGAUGGCAGGGCCUUACCCAGGAAGCUAUGCCGCGCCCCCUGUACCCGGGGUGCAGGCCCCUUGCUCCCCCAAAGACGCCCUGUCUCCCACGCCGUUUGCACAGCAGGAGCCCGCCCUGGUCCUCCAGCCCGCCUACCCGCCCAGCCUCUCCUACUGCACCCUGCCCCCCAUGUAUCCAGGAAGCAGCACGUGCUCUAGUUUACAGCUGCCACCCAUCGCCUUGCACCCCUGGAGUUCCUAUGGCGCGUGCCCGCCCAUGCAGAACCCCCAGGGCACACUCCCCCCCAAGGCACACUUGGUGGUGGAGAAGCCCCUGGUGUCCCCGCCGCCGGCAGACCUCCAGGGCCACCUGGGUACCGAGGUGAUGGUGGAGGCGGCCGACAACUUCCAGGAGGUCCUCUCCCUCACGGAAAGCCCGGUCCCCCAGCGCUCGGAGAAGUUCGGGAAGAAGAACCGCAAGCGCCUGGACAGCCGGGCGGAGGAAGGGAACGUCCAGGCCAUCACUGAGGGCAAAAUGAAGAAGGAGGCUCGGACUUUGAGUGACUUUAACUCCCUGAUCUCCAGCCCCCGCCUGGGGAGAGAGAAGAAGAAAGCCAAGAGCCAGAAGGACCAGCUCAAGUCAAAGAAGUUGAAUAAGACCAACGAGUUCCAGGACAGCUCGGAGAGCGAGCCGGAGCUCUUCAUCAGCGGGGACGAGCUGAUGAACCAGAGCCAGGGCAGCAAGAAGGGCUGGAAGAGCAAGAGGAACCCCCGGACGGCCAGCGAGCUGGAGGAGUUCAAGUGCCGGAAGGCCAACGAGAAGGAGGACGGGCGGCUGGGCAGCCAGGGCUUCGUGUACGUCAUGGCCAACAAGCAGCCCCUGUGGAACGAGGCCACCCAGGUGUACCAGCUGGACUUUGGGGGGCGGGUGACCCAGGAGUCGGCAAAGAACUUCCAGAUCGAGCUGGAAGGGCGGCAGGUGAUGCAGUUUGGAAGGAUCGACGGCAACGCGUACAUUCUGGACUUCCAGUACCCCUUCUCAGCCGUGCAGGCCUUCGCCGUGGCCCUGGCCAACGUGACGCAGCGCCUCAAGUGACCAGACCGCAUGGAGGCCGAGCGGCGGCCCCGGUCCUGGGCUGGAAGACAGGGCGAUACUGGAAGAGGCUCCGCCCGGGAGAGGGCACCGACCUUUAUUCGCUGUUGUUUGUUGGGUUUUUUAUUAUCCUUUAUUGUCUUCUUUCUUUUCAAACAAAAACACAGUGCAGGAGAGGGUUGUUUGCGAACAGAGGUGCGAGGUGCCCGGGCUGGGUGGGAGGGCAGCUGGGCUGCAGCUGCUGGGCCUGGGAAGGAAGGGGCUGCGCGUGGCCGGUGCUUUUCACCUCCACAUCCUCGCCACGGGCGUGAAAACAAAACCCUUUUCGAAAAACAACCAAAAAUCCGGAAGAUCCAGGCUCUCCUGGGGGGAACGAGAUUUAAUUCACACACACGAUGUCGCUCCCCACAAGGUGACUUGCGGAAUGAAGGGCAUCUGGGGAGACCACUGCUGGGCUGGUACAAGUCACAGGUGCUAGGGCAGGUGAGAGUGGCUUGCUCCUGAGGGCGUGGGAGAGGGCAUGGGGGUGGGGCGGGGCAGGAGGAGCCCAGGCCGGUGGGAGCCCCUCUGUGAAGACACUCACCCUGAGGCCGUUAGUGCCCACUGGGUGUGACCACUCGGGAGGAGGCGGGGCAGGGGCCCAGCUCCAGUGCUGGGGGAGCAGCACCAAGCCCCUAGAUGUCCACUGGCCUAGCAGCCACCUCUGUUCCCCUCCCCCAUGCUGUUUCCUCCGGAAAACGUCUUUCCCGUGAGGAAACACCGACAUUUUGUCUCCCAAAGUGCUGAGGGUAUCGACUGGAAGUGUUUCCCAGUAGGUUAGAAGUGUAACCCAAAAAAUGUAAGCAUUUGCCAGGGUAUUAAAAGAGUCCCAGUUAACUCUGCAAACCUCCCGCCAUCUUCUCUAGGAGAAAAAGUUGUGUAAUUGUGCAGGCUGAGGAGGAAAAUUUGUUAAAAGUAGAGUGCUUGAGCUAGUCUGCCGGCUACUCUCAGCUGAGAGGUAAAAAUGCACCGAGACGCUGUUUCUCCCCUCUCGUCCCGGGGCGCCGAGGGCCCAGAGCGCCAGCUCACUUGCUCCCGGGGAUGUGUGAGGCAGGAGCCUGGGAGCUGAGCUCAGGCGCCUCCAUUUGGACUCCUUUGGAAAGGAGAAUAGCGGAAGACACCACAGGGAAGUAUUUUCAAAAUAAUUUUCUACUCCCUUUUUUUGGUUUAAAAAUUAGAAAAGAACCCGGCCCAUUCCUUCCGCAGCGCGAGGCGCCACCUUCACUCAGCUCUGCCUCCGGCCCCAGGAGAGACAGCGGGGAGGGCUUUAAACCUGGGGAGGGGCGUCUCCAGCUGAUUCCAGGCUCCCAUUUUAUAUUUUAAAAUACUGGACCUGAUUUUGGUGGGCACGUUCUUCCAGAAAGAAUUUAGCAAUGUUUUCGGAACUAAAGGAUUCUUUCAUAUGAGUGUCUAUAGCCUGAUAAGAUGUUCCCGUGCUUAUUAUUAGUUGUGCAAUAAUGGUUAUAGCCUAUUUCUGAAACAAUAAUUUAAAUGCAAUUCCUGUUUUAUUGCCCAAGAGUUAAUUAUUUAUCUUGCUUUAAUAGUGUUUUUAGGAGUUAUUUUGUUACUCUGUAUUGGUGAGUUAUGCCCAUUUUAUUAUUUAUUUAGAAAAAUAGUAUGGUUUGUAACGACUUACUGGUAGCAGUAUAUUUUGCUGCAAGAAAUAAAGAAGAUAUGAUAGAAGGCUUUUAUGCUGGACAAUUCAUGACUUUUCCUGAUGGGGAAAAUAUUUCUAUUGAUCCUUCAAAGGUUUGGUUUUUUGUUUGUUUGUUUGUUUGUUUGUUGCAUUUUGCUGUAUUGAUUGUAUAUAAAGGAGAUUCCUUUGAGAUAACACAUCCUAAAAUAAUACAUCUUUUGAAAAUUUUUUAAUUGGAAAUGAAAGGUGUCAUGAAAUGAGGAAGGGACUGAUUAGGACGAGAGUGGCAGAGGAAGGAACUGCCAGGUAGUUGGUUUCAGGUUCCAACAUUCUGACCUGGGUGUUGGGAUAUAAAGGCCAUGAAAGGGUACACUUUAGAAAUUUCAUAAGAGCGAAUGUAGAGGGGCGAAUGCCAGUGUGAAGAAGUCUCUGUAGAACAUAAUGAAACUUCCUAAACUCUCAGCUCGCUGCCUUAGGCGUCUUCCCCAUGUUGAGAGUCUCUUGUCUCGGGUGUUUCGCACACGAGAGUGACCCCAGGUGAACAGCAGCUGCCUGCCCUGCUCUCCUGGCCCCAGCGGCCUCAGGCCACUCAGGGUCUGUGGCUGGAGUGAUGCAGGGUCUUCUGAGUUACCCAUGACAGUUUUACUUGAAAAUCUGUUUUCAUCUGGCCUCUGUUACUGCUACUCAGUGCUAGAAGUGGCAGCCUUUUAUAUACUUUCUAGUUACUAACAGCAAUUUAUGACUAUUAAGAUACCUCAUUGAAUCCCUAAAUUUAAAAACAGCCCAAUGAGCAGCUGUAUAGAGAAUCCAUGCCUGUUUGAGGGAAGCGGUAUGUUAGUGACCAUAAAGCCCAAUUUUAGGUUUGUUACAACUCAGCCCUCAUCAAACCAGAGCCCUCUCUGCACCAGGUGCCCACGAGUAGAGGCCUGGAAGAGCUGGGGCGAGGGAUGCAGGAAAGCCGGCACCUGCGGCAGUGUGUGUGAGGACUCGAAGGCGGGGGUCUCCCCACAGCCACUGCUCCCUUGUCUGGCGCGCCAGGGGGUCAUGUAAAAUUGGUGAAGUCAUCUGAGGAUCGUGGCAGGUGGCCAGACAACCACCCCAUGCCCAAGUACACUCUGCCACAAAAGGGACUCCAUUUGCCCUUCUCAGUUGGGCUUGGACAACCUUGUAAACCCCAUCCAGCUGGAACAGGUGGAGGGCACCUGGGAUGGCACCACUAUUCUGGGAAGGUAUGUUCCAAAACACAGCCAUUUGCAGAAAAAUAUAAACCAGUGCAUUUAAAACAAUAUCUUUAGAAGGUUCCCCUCUAGAAACAAAUGCAUUUGGAAUCACAUGUGUGCUCAUAAGAUCACACAAAAGCCCUGACUCCAGAUACAAUGGAGGACCCUCCCUAUGAGUGUGCCCUGCUCGGCGGGCGCCCUGGGAAACGGCCCUAAGCUAAGACACUCCUUGCCCCAAAGAACAGAGAGCAGGUUGGAAAGGAGUGAAGGGUCCUCCUGGGCUGCGGCUGCCUGCUGCGCUGACGGUGUGGCUCUCCAGGUCUGCAGGGGGCGCGCCCACGCCCCAGUGGAGUCUGUCCCCUGGCUAAGGCAGCAACCCUGAGCACAGUGAAUUGGGACAGGUGUGUCGGGCAUGGUGUUGGGGUGUUGGGCCACCCCUCCUUGGCGCACAGCUGGAGACCAUGUGCCUGUGUGGUCUCCGCACGGCUGAUAGAACCCUGAAGGGUUGAGGCUUAUUUUGUUUCCAUUUCUUUGGCUCUGUGCAAUUUUCUUGUAACUUUACUUGUACCUGUAUAUUUUCUGUUUACAAGUUCUUUUAAAGGGGAGGGAAGGGGUCUACAAUCUCGUCGUUUCUUGUAGAUAAAACCUUUUUCGUGUUGUAGAAAAGCAUGGGUUAUGCGUUUGACUGAAAAAGGCACUGUACUAUUUACCAAAGGGGCAUUGUCUCUGCAUUUGUUUAUAAAUGCAUUAUUUUGGUACUGUAAAUUUGGACAUAAUUCCUGAGUUUAUAACUACUGGCGUUUCCUUUCUCCCUUUUUUUUUUUUUUUUUCCUUUUUUACGUUUAAGCUCUAAGUGCGCGACGCAGGUGCCCAGGCCCCAGACCAAACUACACCACCAGCAUGUUCUCGUCCACACCGGCCUGGCCCGCUUGUGUGCCUCCGGCUCUCUCAUGUGGUUUGUUGGUUUCCAAUUCAGCAUCCUGCUCUGUUUACUUUCCAGCCAAGAUCUGUUGAGAUUCUUGAUUGCAUUCUAAUGAGUUUACCCUGAUUUGCCUCUCUCUCUUCUUACGUAUUUUGUGUAUUAGAUUGUGCGGGAGGUGUUGUAGAAGGCACUCAUGGUUUGCAUUCAAAAUGAUGAUGUGGUUUGUCCAAGUUAUUUUCUGUCUUUAUCACUGAGAUGGAUUAAUCUCAUGUUUUUUCUUGAUUUGAAGUUGUAAGAGUUGUCCAGCUAUUGCUUAAUAAAAUUUUGCAGAUCAAAAAAAAAAAAAAUAAGUUACUUGUGUGCAGAAUUGAGGCGGGCGGUGCCCAGAGAAGAAGUGGCACCUCCCUCUACCUCCAUCCCCCCACCUGCGUCACCUCCCUGUGACCCUUGGGUGACCUGCGGCCGGUACCACAUUGCUCUUUGGAGAGGUCAGAGGCUGUGCUGUCUUCUUGAUGAGUUGGUUUGAGUUUGUGUUUGUCUUUGUUUUUUUCUUUUUUUAAAACCGGAUUCAGGCUGCAUCUGUGUAGCACCUGCCAGACCAGGGUAGCUAACCCCACGCACACUGUCUUCAUUACUAUGUAGGGAACUUAUUAAAACCAGGUUUUGAGCAACUCCACCCUCAGUGCUCACGGAACUCAACACUUGUGCAUGCCCUCCCCUGUGCUGCCCCAGAGUUCCCCCUGACCGCAGGAGGCAAGGAGGCUGGCACUCGGGGACCACAGGGGUUCUUCGGUAAACACCGAGUCACGUGCACGUUUAUAGACCUGCCCUCUUGC